CUGCUGAUAUUUUAUGGAAGAAUUGACUUACUGUUAUCCAUCAAUAGAAGAACAAAUCAAGUGCAGGUUUAUAUUUUUGUUUCCCUUUUCAACAUGUGAAGGAUCACAGUGGUCUGCAGCAGUCAGAAGAUGGCACAGAAAUACAGGCAACUUGGUUUCAAAGUAUUUUUGUCUGGUUCUGUUGGUAAUGAGAUACAUCUGCAAGAAGAGUUAAGACUAAUCUCACUUACCUAUGCCAAGACCAUUGCAAUCUAUUUAUUUUCAGAAUCAGGAAAGUUAUAGGCUUUGAACAGGGGAUUAAACCUAAUAAUGGCUCCUUGUCAAAUUUGGGUCUGCUCCCUAGCUUGACUGGUGGCAGUUGCACAUAGACUGAACAGUCUGGUGCCUGAAGAUGGACAAUACUGAGUCAUGUUGUGGUGCAGUUGUUGAUUUGUGAAAUUCUUAUGUCCAGCUCCAGAAGACAAUCUUGUUUUAUAGAUUAGAAGACUGUGCAGAUGAUGGCAGUGCUCUGUGAGCACGUUGUGUUUGCCUGCAAAUCUCCAGAACUCUGUCCAUCUUCAUAAGAAGAUAAAGCCUGUGCUGUAGAAAAAACUGAGUUGUUGCUGCUGCUCUCAAGUAUAUUUAAGCUACUUCAUGUUGCCAUUGUGCUUAUGCUGCUGUCUGCUUGUGGUGUGCUGCAUGUCUACAGUGAUACCUGCAUUACGGAAUUCUUGGGAGGAGCUGGAAGUUAAUGCUUGGAUAAGCCAAAGCCAGAGCUUCUUGUCCAUUGUGAGCAAAGAGCCUUUUGAGGUUAUGGGAAUCAGUGCAUAAGUCAAAUGCUUCCCUAAGAAUGGCAAUGGGAGUAAUGGAAGUCAUAAUAACAAAGAAAGCGCCAAACUAACCUGUUACAAAUAACCUCUCCUGCUCCUCUAGUAAAAAAAAAAGAGAAAAAAAUAAAAAGAGCCAAUCCCCAAAUCAACCCGAGGCCAGCAUAAGGAUUUUGAUAAAGGAGACUUUUGGACUGUUCUCUCUUGCUGAGGAAGACCAUCCUAUCAUAGAUAAAUUCUAGUUUAAUGCAAAGUGUGUUCUCAUAGUCAAGGAAGUGGAAAUUCUUUAAAUUGCAGUGAAAGACCAACCAUCUGGCUGUUAGGAUGCAGAAGAAAACCAUACCUUUUUUUUUUCUUUCUUUUUUUUUUUAAGACCUUUCAGAAAAGUUUCUGUAUGUCUAACUCAGAGCGCUUGAUCUGAAGUGCUUUAUGGGAGACAGUCCCUGAGCUUGAGGAUCUGCAGCAGAUCUUUCCAAUAGUGGCUUACUGCUUACGUGUCUGAUGGCACAUAGAGUUGAGCCUUCAGGAUCUACACGAGUUGAUUCAGCUGCUAUAUUUUUUUAAAAGUAAAAAUAUCACCAUGCUUUUCAAAGUUCUUUACUUGAUGAAUAGUGAGUGGAGACAGACUUUUUAAACUACCCAUGAGUUCUUGUUUGGUGCCCUUGCUGAACUUGUAGAUAAUGCCAGGUAUGUACCUGAGACCACCUAAUUCUCAAGAGAUGCAGAUGCCACGAGAAUAGACAUUUAUACUGAGCGACGAGAGGACCUACGAGGUGGAUUCAUGCUAUGUUUUUUGGAUGAUGGAACAGGAAUGGAUUCAAAUGAAGCGGCCAGUGUUAUCCAGUUUGGUAAAUCAGCCAAGCGAUCACCUGAGUCCACUCAAAUCGGGCAGUAUGGGAACGGCUUGAAAUCGGGUUCCAUGCGGAUUGGGAAGGAUUUUAUCCUGUUCACAAAGAAAGAUAACACCAUGACUUGCCUCCUCUUGUCACGGACAUUCCAUGAGGAAGAAGGCAUCGACGAGGUCAUCGUUCCCCUGCCCACCUGGAACGCACGGAGCCGUGAACCGGUGACAGACAAUAUGGAGAAAUUUGCUAUUGAGACGGAGCUCAUUUACAAGUAUUCCCCUUUCAAGUCAGAACGGGAGGUGAUGGACCAGUUCAAUAAGAUACGUGGUGAGAAAGGCACCCUGGUGAUCAUCUUUAACCUCAAACUAAUGGAUAAUGGAGAGCCAGAGCUGGAUGUGACUUCUGACCCUCAAGAUAUUCAGAUGGCAGAAACACCCCCAGAGGGAACCAAGCCAGAGCGCCGCUCCUUCCGUGCCUAUGCUGCUGUGCUUUAUAUUGAUCCCAGGAUGAGGAUCUUCAUCAAUGGACACAAAGUACGAACCAAACGACUCUCAUGCUGCCUCUUCAAGCCAAGGAUGUACAAAUACACUUCAAACCGUUUCAAGACCCGUGCAGAGCAAGAGGUGAAGAAAGCAGAGCACAUGGCAAGGAUAGCGGAAGAGAAGGCUCGUGAGGCGGAGAGCAAAGCCCGUGCCCUUGAGCUGCGCCUUGGAGGGGAUCUCACGCGGGAGUCCAGGGUGACACUGCGUCAGGUCCAGAACUCGGCCAUCACCAUGCGGCGGGAGGCUGACGUCAAGAAAAGGAUUAAGGAUGCAAAGCAGCGGGCACUGAAGGAGCCCAAGGAGUUGAAUUUUAUCUUUGGGGUGAACAUUGAGCAACGCGAGCUGGACGGCAUGUUCAUUUAUAACUGCAGUCGGCUGAUCAAGAUGUAUGAGAAGGUGGGCCCACAGCUGGAGGGUGGCAUGGCAUGUGGAGGAGUGGUGGGCGUGGUGGAUGUGCCCUAUUUGGUUCUGGAGCCAACCCAUAAUAAACAAGACUUUGCUGAUGCCAAGGAAUAUCGACACUUGCUGAAGGCUAUGGGAGAGCAUUUGGCUCAAUAUUGGAAGGAUGUUGCAAUAGCCCAGAGAGGUAUCAUCAAGUUCUGGGAUGAAUUUGGUUAUUUAUCAGCAAACUGGAACCAGCCUCCGUCUAGUGAACUGCGCUACAAGCGCAGGAGAGCCAUGGAGAUCCCCACCACAAUUCAGUGCGAUGUCUGUCUGAAGUGGCGGACUCUCCCAUUCCAGCUGAGCUCAGUGGAGAAGAACUACCCUGACAGUUGGGUGUGCUCCAUGAACCCUGAUCCUGAACAAGACAGAUGUGAAGCUGCAGAGCAGAAGCAGAAGGUACCACUGGGAACUCUAAAAAAAGACUUGAAAACAAAUGAGGAAAAGCAGAAACAACUGACAGAGAAAAUCCACCAGCAGCAGAAAAAGCUGGAAGCUCUGCAGAAAACCACUCCAAUUCGAUCUCAGGCUGAUUUAAAGAAACUGCCUCUGGAAGCGACCACAUGGCCUUCAAGGGAGCACAUCCAAACUCAACGCCCACGAUCUCCUCCUUUACCUGAUAUAAUCAAGAAUGCUCCCCGCAGACCACCAGGAUCUUCACCUCCUCCCAAGUCCUGCAGUCAGCUGAAAAAGAGGCCUUCAGAUCGUCCAAAUAGCAGCUCUCCCAAGCUAGCCAGCAUGCCCUUCAAGGAGGAGGCCAGCACUUCCAGGACACAUCAUCACACUGUUACAGCUGGGAAGUCUAACAGCACUUUAAAAACUCCUGCCAAAACAGGUACAAGCAUGAAGUCCCUCUCUGGUCUGCAGAGCCCCAAAAGCCCACGUGAGACGUCCAGUCUAAAAGCUGCCAAGGUGCCAGCAGUAAGGAAAUCUACCUCUGGCAGAUGUUUACAGGCCUCCAGCACUCGAAAGAGGGCCUUGAACAUCCCAGAGGAUGGGUCUGAGGAGGAGGCGGAGCCCAAAAAGGAGAGGACAAAACGAGGAAAAUUUUUGGCAGUUAAAGAGGAAAAGGAUUCCAAUGAGGUGGUGGUGGAGCUCACAGACAGUGCUGGAGAGGAAGAGUUGUUGGAACUGAAGAAAGCACAGAAAGAUAAGGGGCUGCACGUGGAGGUGCGUGUGAACAAGGAAUGGUUCACAGGCCGUGUCACAGCUGUGGAAAGGGUCAGACACGCAAUCCGGUGGAAGGUGAAGUUCGAUUAUGUCCCUACAGACACCACACCAAGGGAUCGCUGGGUAGAGAAGGGCAGUGAGGAUGUAAGGCUUAUGAAACCUCCCUCUCCUGAGUACCAGGCUCCAGACACACAGCAGGAAGAGGAGGUGGUCGUGGCUGAACCUUCUACCUCAGAUUGCGUCAGAAUCGAGCCUGACACCACUGGUUCCAGCAGCAGCCAAGAAACAGUUGACUUGCUUGUCCAGAUCCUUCGGAAUUGUUUGCGAUACUUCUUGCCUCCAAAUUUUCCAAUCUCCAAGAAUGAGCUGAGUUCCAUGAGCUCAGAAGGGUUGUUGGCAUUUCCCUUGAAAGAAUAUUUUAAGCAGUAUGAGGUGGGUCUACAGAACCUGUGUAAUUCAUAUCAGACACGUGCCGAUGCCCGGGCCAAAGCCUGCGAGGAAAACCUGCAGAACUCAGAGAGGAAGCUGAGGGAAACGGAGGAGAAACUGCAGAAGCUGAGGACUAAUAUCAUGGCCCUUUUGCAGAAGGUUCAGGAGGACAUUGAUAUUAAUACAGAUGAUGAACUGGAUGCAUAUAUUGAGGAUUUGAUCAUGAAAGGAGACUGAGCAGCUCCAGUACAAGUCCUGGAGAGAUGCAGAAGGGCUGGCUGCUGCAAAGGGUGAUGUGGGUCUCUGUGUGGGUGGACUGGGGCAGCUGAUGAGGAGAGAGUUUUUUAGACAGUGCUCAUGUUGGUGUACAACUUGUUGCUGUGACUGUACACAAGAAACAUUCGUGCUGUUGGCAGGAAAUUUUUAAACUUUGUAGUUCUCUGAAUCUCUUCCUUUUGUUGAUAAAUAUUUAUUUUUAAAAGAAAUGGGAACUGUGCCUGAUAUGGUGGGUGUUUUUAGUGAUGUAGUAGUGUGAGUACCCCUUUUGCAACUUGAAUAUAUUCAUAUGCUAAACCUGGGAGCUUGGAGCACCCUGCUUAGCUUAUUGGCUCUCCAGUAAGAACUUGGCAGCAAUUAAAAAAUAAGCCUUGAGUUGUAGCAGAGGGGUUUAGGAUUUUUUUGAACUUGGGCUAGAGAAAGCCAAGCCAUGAAUUGGAACUAUAGAAAGGAGAUGUCCAUGUAUGAAUGUGAGCAGAGGGGAUGGAACCUUGGUGGAACUCAGAAAUUUGGCACUGGCACCUGCAGUGAGCUUCCUGAACAGGAGGUCGCUGCAAGUAGGUGUAACUGCCACCAUGGUAACAGCUAAGAGGUUGAGGGUCCUUCUAGAAAAGGAUCACCUCCUGGACCGCUCACAGUGGGCUGUGAGCAUCAGAGGAAGAAUGCUGGAGUUUGGGUUCUCUGCUUGCAGUCACUUUAUCACUCACUUCUGCUGCUGCUUCUUUGAGACAUAAUUACAGCUUCAGAAGAACUCCUCGACCACCUGACAAUAAAGUGACCCCUGUUUUAUUGUCAUCCCCUCAGAUUUGUGUUGCUUUGAUCAAUUUGCUCUACCAGGUAAUUUUAUUAUUAGAGAUUUCUAAUUAUUAGAGAGAGGCUGUUUGGAGCCUUCAGAGCUCUACACUGCUGAUUGGCAUCUGGCCCUAUGCCUGCAGCAAGGAAAACACCUGUCCCUUAUCCUUCAGCUGCAGCCAACUCCUGGUAGGCCCCUUGUGGCCAAGAGGACUUGGUCAGGGUUUGGCAGCUGGCCAGCAGGCCUGCUAGGACAAAGUGUCUGUGGACUCAUGCUCAGAAACUGGAGUCCCUUGCAGGCCAGAUGGUUGGAGAAACAUGGUGUGAGCAAGAGGUACCUACUAUCAGGGAGAUCAGGUGGAAUGGACCCUUGGGGUUGACACCUGGAUGUGUAAUAUAUGUUUUGCAGAAAACCCUUCCACAUUAAAUAUCUGUUGCACAGAAAA